AUGAAGUCUAUUGCCUUCUCCAUUUUCCUUUUCACUACUUUGUUUCUGAUUGUUGCUUCUGAUUCUACAGAGGAAGCACAUGCUCUUCUCAGAUGGAAAGCCAGUUUUCAAAAUCAUACUCAGCCUCUCUUAUCUUCAUGGUCCGUUCUCAAUUCAACCCAUUGCACUUGGUUCGGUGUUUCUUGCAACACUGCUGGAAGUAUCACUAUGAUUAACCUUACGAGUUGUGGCAUUCUUGGUACGCUUUAUAACUUUUCAUUCUCAGCUUUUUCCAACCUCUCAUAUUUUAAUCUUAGCAUGAAUGCACUCCAUGGUUCCAUCCCUCCUGAUUUCAAUCAUCUCUCCAACCUCAUCCGUCUUGAUUUGUCAAGCAAUCAGUUUUCAGGACAAAUCUCACCUUCACUUGGCCAGCUAACUCAUCUUGAGGCUCUUGUGCUCAAUGAUAAUAAACUAAAUGGCUCAAUUCCUCAAGAAAUUGGUCAUGAGCUAAAGUCCCUCAUUGAGCUUCACCUGCACAAUAAUUUUCUAGGUGGAUCCAUUCCAACUUCUUUGGGUAAUAUGAGUCACUUGACUAAUUUGAAUCUCUACAAUAAUUCCCUAUCCGGUUCCAUCCCACCAGAACUUGGUCAGCUCUCCAAGCUUGUCAUCCUUCAGUUGUCAUUCAAUAGACUUUCUGGGUUAAUUCCACCCGCAAUUGGCUUGUUGACUAAUCUGAAGGCCCUUCAAUUACACCAAAAUCAGUUGUCAGGGCAAAUCCCACCUACACUUGGCCAGCUAACUAAUCUGGUGAUUCUUUGGCUCAGAGAGAAUCAGUUGUCAGGGCAAAUCCCGCCUAUAUUUGGCAAGCUAACUCAUCUCGAGUCCCUUGCGCUCAGUACCAAUCAACUAAAUGGCUCAAUUCCUCAAGAAAUAGGUCAUGAGCUAAAGUCCCUCAAAGGGGUUGUCAUGGACAACAACUUUCUAGAUGGAUCCAUUCCAACUUCUUUUGGAAAUAUGAGUCAGUUGACUAAUUUGAAUCUCGCCAAUAAUUCACUUUCCGGUUCUAUUCCACCAGAACUUGGUGAGCUCUCCAAGCUUGUCAUCCUUCAGUUGUCAAUGAACAGACUUUCCGGGUCAAUUCCACCUACACUUGGCCAGCUAACUCAUCUUGAGUUUCUUGUGCUGACUGAUAAUCAACUAAAUGGCUCAAUUCCUCAAGAAAUAGGUAAUAUGAGUAACUUGACUCACUUGAUUCUCUUCAAUAAUUCACUAUCCGGUUCCAUCCCACCAGAACUUGGUAAGCCCUCCAAGCUUGACACUGUUGAUUUGUCAAUAAAUAGACUUUCGGGGUUAAUCCCACCUGGAAUUGGCUUGUGGACUCGAGUUCGGAUCCUUCAUUUACAACAAAAUCAGCUAAACGGUUCCAUUCCUCGGGAAAUGGGAAAUAUGAGCUCUAUUUAUGCUCUAGAUGUGAGCGAUAAUCAACUCAGUGGUCAAAUUCCAACAUCAUUUGAUGGUCUAAAAGGCAUCUAUUAUCUUUACCUGUACGGUAACAAUCUAUCUGGCAGCAUACCUAAAGAGAUUGGAAACUUGACGGCUCUUCUGCACUUGCAGUUGAGUAGUAAUCAACUUAGUGGUUCACUUCCAGCUUCCCUUGGAAAGUUGAGCAGCGGUAGAUCACUCCAGCGUUUUGGCAUAAGCAACAACCAUUUGGUAGGCUCCGUACCCAAAGACAUUAGAAACUGCACAAGCUUGACUAGAGUUCGCCUUGAAGACAACCAACUAGAAGGAAAUAUAGAUGCUGACUUUGGAGUCUAUCCAAACUUGAUCUUUAUUGACAUGAGUCGCAAUCGAUUUUCUGGAGAAAUCUCACCUAAAUGGGGUCUAUGCUCACAAUUAGCCACUCUAUGGAUUACUAGGAAUAACAUUAGUGGUAAGAUACCUCCAGAGAUUGGAAAUUCGACACAGCUACAUGAUCUUGAUUUUUCUAUGAAUCAUAUGGUCGGGGAGAUUCCAAUAGAGUUGGGAAAGUUGACUAAUUUGUUGAAUCUGAGGUUGAAUGGAAAUCAUCUUUCUGGCCAUAUUCCUCCUGAGCUCGGAUCACUUACCGAUCUCAAAGUUCUCGACUUAUCAAGGAACAUAUUGAGCUUUAUGCCAGAUAGCAUUGGAGCCUUGUCGAAUCUCCAUGACUUGAAUUUGAGUUGCAACAAAUUCAGCCAAAGAAUUCCAAUUCAAAUUUCAGAAAUAAUUCACCUUUCUCAACUUGAUUUGAGUCAUAACAUGCUUAUCGGAGAAAUACCAGCACAAUUCACCAAGUUGGAAGACCUGGUGACCCUAAAUCUUUCCUUCAAUAAUCUUUCGGGUCCUAUUCCAAACACCAAAGUAUUUCAAGGUUUUCCGGCGGAAGCAUUCCAAGAAAACAAAGGAUUGUGUGGCAAUGUGAGUGGAUUGCAACCAUGCCAGCUGCCACACAAGGAAGAUAAAAAUGGUUCAAAGAAGAGAUAUAAGAUUGUGUUUAUAGUUGUGUUUCCUCUCUUGGGAGCACUUGCUAUAUCCUUUGUGAUAAUUAUUGUGUUUUGUAAUUUCCAAACACGAAGGAAGGGCGACCCUGAGAACAACGAGCAAUCACUUACAUUAUCUAUUCUUGAUAGCGCAAUGAGAUUUGAAGAUAUCUUGGAAGCAACCAACAACUUCGAUGUCAUGUAUUGCAUUGGGGAAGGAGUUCAUGGAAUUGUCUAUAAAGUUGACCUUCCAUCAGGUGAUAUUGUAGCUGUCAAGAGAUUCCACUGUUUACUUGACAGUAGCAAUUCAGUAGAUCAAAAGGAGUUUUUCAAUGAGGUCAAGGCCUUAACAGAGAUAAAGCAUCGGAAUAUUGUGAAACUCCAUGGCUUCUGCACACAUUCAAAAUACACAUUCUUAGUCUAUGAUUAUCUUCAGAGAGGUAGCCUGGCCAAAAUUCUAAGCAACGACGAGGAAGCGAAAGAAUUGGAUUGGUGUAGGAGGAUGAAUGUCAUCAAAGGUGUCUCGCAUGCCUUGUCUUACAUGCACCAUGAUUUGUCAUUGCCAAUCAUUCAUCGAGACAUAUCGAGCAAAAAUAUUUUACUAGACAUGGAAUACGAAGCUCAUGUUUCUGACUUUGGCACCGCUAAGCUUCUCAAGCAGGACUCAUCUAAUUGGUCAAAACUAGCUGGAACAUAUGGAUACAUCGCACCAGCAGAGCUUGCUUAUACAAUGAAGGUGACUGAAAAAUGUGACGUAUAUAGCUUUGGAGUGUUGACACUAGAAGUUCUCAAAGGGAGUCAUCCAGGCGAUAUCAUAUCAAGUGCAUCAUCUUCAUCUUCUGCCACUCUACAAGUUAAACUUAAUGAUUUGUUAGACCAGCGCCUUUCACCUCCACAGUACAAGAUUCUUGAUAAACUGGACCGCAUCUUAGAGGUGGCCAUUUCAUGCAUAGAUGUGAAUCCACAAUGUAGGCCGGCCAUGCAACUCGUUUCUAAGUUACUAUCCAACUGAAUAUUUGAAGGUCAUCAUGGCUUGUGAAAGGUUUGUCUUCUGAAAAUAGUACUCAAGUCUUGUGCAGUUUAAGGAAGCAAAUUAUGAGAUAACAUGUAAUAAUAUCUCCAUCCCCAAAUUAAUGAUGCUGGGACUAUAAUAGUGUAUGAUCAAUGAGUAGUGAGUGAAUAAAUUUGUACUUUGACAUGUGAUCUGUAAUUAAACUCCAUCAAUCAAUUUUUAAGUGAACGUACAAGUCA